CGGUUGUGAGGAUUCCACUGCCCUGAGUAAUGCGCACUGUGCUGUUUUUUUUAGGAGGCGUUUGAGCUUUUGCGAAUUAUGCCCGAGCCCGCCAAGUCCGCGCCGGCCCCGAAGAAGGGCUCCAAGAAGGCGGUGACCAAGGCGCAGAAGAAGGACGGCAAGAAGCGCAAGCGCAGCCGCAAGGAGAGCUACUCCAUUUACGUGUAUAAGGUGCUGAAGCAGGUGCACCCCGACACGGGCAUCUCGUCCAAGGCCAUGGGUAUCAUGAACUCGUUCGUCAACGACAUCUUCGAGCGCAUCGCGGGCGAGGCGUCGCGCCUGGCGCAUUACAACAAGCGCUCGACCAUCACGUCCAGGGAGAUCCAGACGGCCGUGCGCCUGCUGCUGCCCGGGGAGCUGGCCAAGCACGCCGUGUCCGAGGGCACCAAGGCCGUCACCAAGUACACCAGUGCCAAGUAAACAAUAAGUUGGCUGCAGAUUCAAACACAACGGCUCUUUUAAGAGCCACCCAUAUUCUCAAGGAGAGCUGUUCCUUUUUAUUUCGUGCUGCGCUCUUGUAACUCGUUGCAGUAAUUAGUCUGCCAAGUAUGACAAUUAUUGAACAAUGUCAGACUUCUGUCGCCUUAACUAAAUGACCAAAGUAACACUACCAAAUCCUGGCAAAGCUUUGGAACUCUUGUGCAAACUAGCAAAGCUACGAGCUUGUCACUGUCCUUUGGGAACUCUUGAAAAAUGCUCUACCACUAGUUCUGAUAACUUAGGCUUAAGUCGCCAUGGAAGAGAAAGCUAAACUCGAAAGAAAUUCCGAGAACUCCGCAGUUCAGUUAUCUGGAGAAGAAAGCUGGACGUGGCGCCCGCCUGCAGGGAUUGCGCGGGCAGUUUGAAUUUGCCGCCAUCCCUCCCCGCGCUCUGAUCACUGACAGCUGAGGGAGAGGGGAGGCGGGCAGCCGCCUCCCGCCCGGGAGCCAAGCGCACGCGAGCACCCGGGAGUGCAUAUUCUCGCGUGGUCUAUCCUGCUUUUCGUUUUCCUGAUCUAGCUUUUUGCCCUUGUCUGGAGUGACGUUUGUUAUUUCCCCUUGGAACUUUCGUUGGAGAGAAAGGAAUCUGGAGGAUGUGAUUUUCAUCCUGAGAAGCAGCAAUGCCUUAUUUCUAAUUAGGGCGCUACUUUCCCUUUGCCAUACAUCCGUAUAAAUGGAAAAUGCUACAGGACGAGACAGGACUAUGGGGGGGGGGGUCCAAUGAAGGCAAAGAAGCUUGAUGGCAUCUAUCCUAGACUUUCUCAAAACAAAAAUCGGUAUAUUUUAAAGUUCUUUCGUUGGUAUUUUAAGUCCUGUUUGCCAGAAACCAGUGAGGGAGAACAAACUCCGUGUGAGUCUGGUUGUCAUAAAUAAAAGCCAGUCUCCCAACAAUAAUAUGUCUCUCUAUAUUCAAUAUUCUGUAUCUCUGAGCUAAAAAGUCAUGAUCCAAAGCAUUUGGAAGUUUCCACUAUGGCUGGUUUUGGGUUUAGACAAUUAUUUUAAGUGGAUUUAAUUUAAAUACAUUACCUAAUUUAUCUAAAACGAAUCUAAAUUUAGUACAUUGGUGACACCUAAGACCAUAUUUUGUUAAAUCCGGUAUCAAAUAUAUACUUCUUUGUUGACUCAAAUCCUACUCAUGUUUCAAUUCCCACUUCAAUCUUGCAUAUAGUUAGUUCCAUAUAUAUAUAUCAGUAUGAACUGCUACUGUUUUGUUGUAUGUUUCCACAUAGAAAAUGUACAGUCAGAAAAAAAAAGUUCUUUCCUUCAUCUCCAUCCCACACUAAUGAUAACUGAGUAUCUGUAAAUAAGAAUGUAAAUAAUUUUUGUCACUUCCUCUGUCAUAUGUCACAUGAGCCCCCAUCCUCCAUUAAUCCAAAUAAUCAGAUGAUAAUUUGCAAGCUAAAUACUUUUUUGUUGU